AUGGUUUCUGAAAAAAGAAAAACAGUUUCUAAAAAAGAAACAAUUUCAAAUAAAAAGAAUAAAAUUGAAAAAAAGCAAGAUGAUAGUAUUAUGUCAUUAGGCAUGGAUGAUGAUGAAUAUAAUUUUGAUGAUGAAAAAGCAGUUUCAUAUAAUGAUAAUUUUUAUAAUAAUAAUAAUAAUCAAGGAUCAGAUGAUGAAGGAUCAGAUGAUAAUGAUUUCUUAGAAGGUGAAGGAUCAGAAUCAGAACAAGAAGAACAAUUAGAUGAUAGUGAAGCAAAAGUUGGUAGAGCAACAAUAUUACCAGAGAAAUCAGAAUUGGAAGCAAAGGAAUUUAAAAAUUUAAAAGUAAAGAAUGUAUCAUAUUUGAAACAAUCGGUAGCACCAACCAAUGAAGAGAUUCAACAUUUGAAAGAGACUUCAGAUCUUUACAAUUCCAAUUUAUUUAGAUUACAAAUGGUAGAGUUAUUUAAAGAGAUUAAAAUUGAUUAUAGUAAAUUAACAUCACUAGAAUCGGCAUUACAUCAAUUGAAAUCGGUUAUUGAAAAGAUCCCAUCCGAUCAACAAGUUACAAUCACUGAAGCAAACAUUGAAAAAAUUAAAUUAUUCGAUUUCAAUGGUGGCGAAGGCUUGUCCAUCCAAUACUCAAAACCAUCGCAAAUCGAUGUCGUUGGUAGUUUCAUGACAAGAUCAGUAUUAAAGUCCAAUGAAAAUGUUGAUUUAAUGAUUGAAAUUCCAAAAUCAGUAUUUGAUUCAAAAGAUGCCAAUGAUUUUAAAUAUUUCAAUAAAAGAAAUCUUUACAUGUUGAAAAUCUUUAAUUCAGUAUCAAAGGUUUCACGUUUUUCUGAUAUUUCAUUCAAAAAUUUCAAUGGUGAUUCAAAUAAACAAAUCAUUGUAAUUCGUCCAAAAGAAGAUCCAAAAACUGGUGCAAGAACUAAAUUUCAAAUUCGUAUAAUUCCAACAAUUCCAAAUGAUCUUUUUAAUAUUUAUACAAAAUUUCAUCCAAAUAUGAGUUGUUUAUUUUUUGAACGUAAUAAUUUUAAAAUUGAAACUUUUAAAGAAGAUGAUUCAAAAGAAAUUAAUAAUUUAAAUAAUAAUAAUAUAAUAGAUUCUAAAAAUAAGAAAAAAUCAUUUGAUGAAAUUAAAAGAACACCAUUUUAUAAUAAUUCAAUUUUAGAAGAUAUUUUUAUAAAUGAUCAUAUGCAAUUAAUUAAUGAAAAAUGUGAAAAUGCACCAGUAUUAAUUGAUACAAUGUUAUUAAUUAAAUUAUGGUUAAAGAUUAAAAAGAUACCAACAGUUAAUAGUUUUCAAUUAUCAAUGUUAUUAAUUCAUUUAUAUUCAAUUGGUAAAGUUAAUAAAUCAAUGAGUUCAUAUCAAGCAUUCCGUAUGGUUAUGGUUUAUAUUUGUAAAGAAUUUCAAAAGAAACCAAUUCAAUUUAUGAAACUUUCUUCAGAGUUAACCACCACCACCACCGCCACCGCCACAACUGUAAUUAAACAAAAUCAAUAUCAAGAUGAAUUUGAAAAAUUAUAUCCAGUUGCAUUAAUUGAUAAUUCAGGUUUAUUAAAUAUUUGGUCAUCAAUUUCAGUUUGGGGAUUUAAACAAUUAAUUAUUGAAGCACGUUUAGUAAUUGAAAAUUUAGAUUCUGGUAAUGGUUUUGAAGAGAUUUUCAUGACAAAAUUCCAUUUCUAUCAAGAGUAUGAUAUGAUCAUUUCAAUUAAAAUUAAUAAACAAUUAUUAGCUAAUCAACAAUCUUUAAAAGUGCCAACAAAUGAUUAUUAUCAACAAGAUACUUAUUUAAAUUAUAGAAUUUAUCAAUUAAUUAAAAAAUCUUUAACAAAACGUGUUACAAAAAUUAAUAUUUUAAAAAUUAAUGAUGAUGAUCAAGAAAAUGAAAAUGAUGGUGAUGAUGAUGAUGAAAUUAAAAUUAUAAUUGGAUUAAAAGUAAAUUCAGAAAAUUGGUUAUCAGUUAUUGAUUUAGGUCCACCAGCUGAUCAUGUUAAUGCUUCAAAAUUUAGAGAAUUUUGGGGUAAUAAAUCACAAAUUCGUCGUUUUAAAGAUGGUUCAAUCCUUGAAGCUGUUACUUGGAAUCCAAAGAAUGGUUCACGUCAUUUAGUUAUUGAGGAGAUUAUAAAGUAUACUUUAAAUUAUCAUUUACAAAUUCCAACUGAAAAUGUUAGAUCAAUAGUAUCAGAACUUGAUCAAUUGAUUGUAUCUGAACAAGUUCAAGAUCAUACUUUAUUGGUUUUAUCAGCAAAACAAAAAUUAAUUUCAACUAUUCAAUCAUUAGGUUUACCAUUAUCAAUUGAGGCAUAUCCUUCAAUUGAUCCUGCAUUACGUUAUACUUCAAUACUUACCACCAAGGAUGAUAGAUAUUUAGAGAAUCAACCAAUUUCAAUUCUAUUACAAUUUGAACAAAGUCAACAAUGGACAAAGGAUGUUGAUUCUAUAAAUGCAUUGAAACAAGCAUUCCUUUUGAAAAUUGCAAGAGAAUUACAAUCUACACCAUUCCAACCAAGAUUAACCGAUAAAUAUGUUGAUCUUUGUGUUGAUGGUUUCAUAUUCCGUUGUAUUGCUUAUUAUCCAAAAGAAAUCGAGUUCAUGAGAGAACAAUGGCUAUUGGAUGGUUUAGAUGAACAAGAAUCAUUACAAAGAAAUUCACAACAUCAUACUUUUAUUCAAUCAUUACAUACCACCUACAGUUCAUAUGGUCCAACCGCUCGUAUUGCAUUACGUUGGAUUCAUUCACAUUUAUUCUCUGAUUUCAUCGAUCAUCAAACUGUUGAACUAUUGGUUGCAUCACUUUAUAAAGUAACUGAAAAUCACUAUCACAAUCAAAAUCAAAAUGAAAAAGACUCCUCCUCCUCCUAUUCUUUAGACACUUCAUCAAUUCCAAAAACCCCAAUUAUGGGUUUCCUUAGAUUCCUUUUCCUUUUAUAUACUUUUGAUUUCGAUGAAAAACCUUUAAUUGUAGAUUACUUAAAUUCAGUCGAUAAGAAUACUCAACUUUCAAUUAAAUCAACAUUUGAUAUUCAAAAGAAAUCUCAAAAUCCACCAUUACUUUUCAUUGCAACUGAAAAAGAUCCUCUCAGUAUGUGGUUUAGAAAAACAACUAUUACCAAUCGUCAACAAUGGGAAAAAAUCAAAUUAUUUGCUCAAAAAUCAAUAGAAUUAAUUGAAUCAAAUUAUUCUUCAAUCUCUUUUAAUUGGUUAUCAAUUUUUCAACCAUCAUUCAUCGAAUUUGAUGCAAUCUUUAAUUUAGAUGAAUCUUUAAUUCCAAAUCAUUCAAGAGAAAUUUCAAAUUUAAUUAAUAAUAAAAAUUUUAAUAAUAAUAAUAAUAAUACUCAAACUACUAAUAUACCACCACCACCAACAACAACCACAACAACAACAACAAUAAUUCAAGCAAAGAAACCAGUUUUUAGAAAUAUUUCUAAAAAACCACAACAACAAUCACAACAACCACAACAACAAAACCAAAAUCAAAAUCAAAAUCAAAAUCAAAAUUUUAAUGAAUUAUAUAAUAAUUUACAACCUGGAUUUAAUCCAGUUUUAAUAUUAGUUCAAGAAUUAAAAGAUAGAUUUUCAGAUUAUUUCACAAUUCAAUAUGAUUUAGUUGGUGGUAAUAAAUUUGCAUUAAAAUGGAAAUCUGAAGCUUUCUUACCAACUCCAUUCAAACCAUCAAAAUCAAAAUACUCAAUUCAAAUCACUAAAGAUUCAAAUUUAAUAAUUCCAAAUAUUUUUGAAAUUAUUAAUGAAAUUCAAAUGUUGGGUGGUAAAUUAAUUAAAACAUUUAAAUUAAAUCAAAAUUCAAUUAAUUUAAUUAAUGAAUUUAAUUAA